CUCGAUGGGCACGCCGGAGACCUCGCGGGAGCCGUGCCCGGACCGCAUCCUGGACGACGUGGGCGGCGCCUUCGGGAUGGGCGCGGUGGGCGGCUCCGUCUUCCACUUCCUCAAGGGCACCUACAACUCCCCCAACGGCGAGCGCCUCCUCGGGGGCGCGCAGGCCGUGCGCAUGAACGCGCCGCGCGUCGGCGGGAGCUUCGCCGUCUGGGGCGGCCUCUUCUCCGCCUUCGACUGCACCAUGGUCUUCGCGCGCCAGAAGGAGGACCCCUGGAACUCCAUCAUCGCCGGCGCCGCCACCGGAGGCUUCCUCUCCAUGCGCCAGGGCGCCGCCGCCGCCGGCCGCUCCGCCCUCAUGGGCGGAUGCCUCCUCGCGCUCAUCGAGGGCGCAGGACUCAUGCUCAACCGCGUCCUCGCCGUGCCCCCGCCGCUCCCCGCCGACGACCCCGCCGCCAUCGCCGGCUUCCAAGGCUUCCCCGGCCUGCCCCAGCCUGCCGUCAUCGCUCCCGAGGUCGGGACCUCCAGCAGCGACGGCGGUAGCUGGUUCGGGAGCCUCUUCGGGGGCAAGAAGGAGGAGGAGAAGAAGCCCAGCGGCAGUGGUGGCAAGUCGGAGAUGCUGGAGAGCUUCGACACGCCCAGCCCUCCCAUCCCAUCCUUCGACUACAAGUGAAUUAA